UUGGGAUCUUCUUCGCGAACAAAGCAAAUAGGUGCACCAUCAAAUUCAUGAUAUUUAUUAUCUUGAAUGUACGGUAGCACAAAAAAUAUCAUAUGCACCUCGACUUGUAGCGUGUACUUUUUUGGCCUUAAAUGCUUGCAAACCUCGGCCAAAAAAGUAACACUUACAAGCCUUGGUACAUAAAUAACUAUUUGUGGACCUAGAACCAGCACUUUUUGUUACAAUUGAAAAAUAGUGAACAUUCCUAUUGUAAAGUUCAAUUAUUUUACAUUAUUUACUAUUUUAUUGACCUUUUCAAUUUAGAAGCCUCUCUCUGGCGUCAGACUGUCAGACGCCAAAAGAGUAUGAAAACAAUGAUUGACAGCUAUUGACAGUAAUUUCCUUAGUUUUUUCAAGGUUUUUUGCCUAACAAUGGUGAUUGUGUGUUGUGUAGUGUACCUUUUCGUAAAAAUAAUUCCUAUUCACCGGCGGACGUGUCUUUCCAUAAGUUUUUAUCAAAUCCUACAUUUGUCAAAAUUUGAUUACCCAAAUCAGAACUGAUACUCGCAAAAGUAAGGAAAAUCCACGGCUCAUCAAGUAUACAAAGAUAUCCACGUUCAAGUUUAGUUUGCGGAAACUGUUUGCUUCCCACAUUUUCUUUCUAAUUUCAAAUUUCACCAUUUUAUGUCGGUCAUUGUCAUUUUCCAUUCACUGAACAAAGAUACCUAACUCAUCGGUGGAGUCACCGAUUAGAAUAAAAACCAGGGGAUUGCUAAACACCCUAUACACUUGACAUUGACGAGCAAGCAAAUGUUGGCGGGAAUCUGAUAUGUUUUCAUACUUUAUCGUCCAUCUCUUUUAAUUGAAAACGUUAAUUAGUCUUUCGGAUUUCGAUUUUAACCGAUAAUAUGCCGUCGAUUUCUUUAUUAAGUUUUUUCCUACAAAUUAAAAUUAAAUUAAAAUUCUUACGUACCUAAUCGUUUUUUUUUUUAACGGAUUCCAGGGUCGAAAUAAUGCGACAUUUUGGUAAAAAGUACUGAUGAUGAGUUUUUAGGGCAGAAACGGUAAUUAUUUAUACCAAAGCACUGAAUGACGCUGUUUCUACAAUCAACUGUUAACUAAAUAUUUAACAAGGCAGUUUUAGAAGAUUUUCAUAAGUCUUUAUCUCCAAAACUAAAACUUCUCAAACGAAUAUUAUUGAUAAACCAAUAAUCCCCAAUAAGUAAUUAAGUUAAGUACACACUCGAAAAAAUCAAAACUUUAAAAAUAACUGACGGCAACCUUGGAACUGGAACAAGAACAAAAAUUUCUCCCAAUAAUAGCGUUUUCAAUCGAAAAACCAGUGUAACACUGAUGCAAUAUUUACGCCUGAAUAUAGUAAAACUUGAUGAAACCCAUUCGGUUUUUAAAAAAAACACAUUGCAAUUUGCAAGAAAGGCAGAUUAUUAUUAUCGAUUCUGGUCGUUGAUCUCGAGUUGGACAAGUAAAGAGCGGUUCGACCCAUUGCAAUCGAAAACGCUAUAAUUAAAUAUAAAUCCACAGAACAGCUGGUACGACAGUGACAGUCACAUCACAUGUGGCGCAUGCCUAAGUACCAUUAGUACCAAUAGAAUAAUUAUUACAAAUAAAAUAAUAAUAAAAAUAUUGAUGUGAUGGGCGCGGAAGGGACAAAAUCUCACAUCAGAGGAAUCCGACAAAAACAGAAGCCAAUAAUCCCUUUAGUGACAACACAACAUUUUUCUUAUUCCUUGAAAUAAUUUCAUCAAGCACCAAAGUGAGAAGUUACCCAGAGGGACAGAGUUUAUUGACUUCAGGUACCAAGGAUAGUAAACAAAUAGUUUAUUUAUUUACUCAAGAAAGCCUUUUUACGAGUGGAGCUAUCAUAAUCAGUUUAGUUUCGAUCAAUGGACUAUGGUAGUACUAGUAAAAAAAGCAUGAAGACCUGCCAGCAAUACAGCAAUUUUAAAUAACGGUUGUGAAAUUGAGAUAACAGUGCGAAAUUAAUUUGUUUGUCAACUGCUAUAACUUUGUUUUGGCAAAAAUGAAGGAACAAGUCGAGUUGAUUCACAUUAUAGUGGAGAUUAUAGUAUUCCUAAUGGUAUCAUGGAUUUCAUUUUUUCUUUUGAUGGGAAUUAUUAAAUUAUGCCACAAGGCUAUAAAUUAUGUAACACAGCACCCCGAAGAUUAUCCAUUGAUUAUAGCAAUACUAGGAAUUGCAGCGGUAGUAUGUAUUAUUUAUAUUAAUAUUCAAGUUUCAUUGGAACGACAACGGGAACAAAGAGAACAAGAAUUUAAAAAUUUAAUAGGUUUUAUCAUAUUUAUAGUAACGGUUAUAAUUUUACUUUACAAAGGAAUAUGUUACCUGCUAACACCAAGUUAUGAUAUGUUACAACAAAAUCAAUACCAAAUGAAUAUGCAUAUGAGGGGAAUUCAAGAAGUACAGGAACGUUCGAAUGAGGAUUUUUGGAUAGCAAGAGAUGCAUAUGUACCUGAAAGUUAUCGAAACAGGCAUAGCAAAGAAGACUCAUCAGUUACAGAAUGGCGGAAGAGAUAUCUGAUGAAAAAUCAAAAUAGACAAGAAAUUGGAACAAAUAAAAUAGGGAAACUAAAAUCUCACGACUUAGAAUCUUCUAAACCUUAUUAUCUCUUAUUUGAGGGACAACUAGAUUCUGAAGCCUCUCAGAUUAUCAACAAAUCAUUCUCAAAUAAAAGAUUUUUAUACGAUUACCAAGUAAUCAAAUUUAGAAAAUUAUUCAAUCUAAAUUUAUUAUGCAAAUAUAACGAACAGAAACGAAAAUAUUACAAUAUCUAUCGCAAUGAGUACCAAGAAAAAUAUUUAUUUCAUGGGACGACAAAGGGUGUACUAGAUAGUAUUUGUACCAAUAAUUUUGAUCUAGAAAAAGUGACAAAUGGCUUAUAUGGUUGGGGAAUUUCUUUUGCUAAUAAUCCAUAUUAUGCUAGUCAUUAUAGUACAAAAUAUCAUGACGAAAACUAUGUCAUGAUUUUAGCCAGAGUUCUAGUAGGUAGAACACAAAUUGGAUACAAGGGCCAAAGGUAUCCUGAUCCAGGAUUUGACACUACAACCAAUCAUGGUGGACAAGUAUUGGUUAAAUAUGAUAAACAUACUUUUUAUCCAGAAUUUAUUGUUUAUUUUUCAAGUAAAAGAUAAUUUUCAAAUGGCUGAAUGAUUGAAGAACAAACAACAACAUUUUAAAAUUAACCUCUAAUAGCCCUUCUAAUUGCUCUAGUUAGAUGGUAGAAUGCAAGAAAAAUUUGACAAAACUGAGAAGGGUUUAUAAAACACAAAAUGGGCUGUUUGUUCUCCAAAGUUACUGUAUUUAUUAUGGAAAAAUUGAUAUUGUUUUAUUACAUUGAAAAUAAUCUUAUAUAAUUUAGGCAUAUUGUUAUCAUAGAAUAGUGUAUGAUUUUUUAAAAUCAUUGACAACAUGAAUAAAUAAUUGAACAAUAUUCUUGAGAGCUCUCCACUGAGUUACAUAGGAAGAAAUGUCUACUUUAUAAUCAAUAAAACAGAUAUAAUUGAAUCAGGUGAAUGUUUGUGCUAGUUACAGUCUUAUUUGUUUUGUUUUUGUUCAUUCAAUUUUCUUGUUUAGGCCUAAGAUUUAGAGUAGUUCGUCCUAAUUAAUAAUUAAUGAUACCUAACCUUUAAUAAUUAAUUUUUAAAAUAUUUGAGAUACUUGGUGUAAUUAAUGUCUUUUAAUAAUUUUUACAUAGUUUUGACUUGACUUUUUAGAUUUUAGUUAUAUAUAUUUCUAUUUACUUUUUAUUACUUAUGUAUAUUGUGACGUUUUUAUGGGUUUAUAUAUACAACAUAUAUAUUUUUUUCUUUUUACAGCUUUGUCAAUUUUUGUGGCAAUAAAGUAAUUUGAGUUGAUUUGAUUUGAUCAUUUUACAGUAUGUAGUUAGCGCCAAGACUUGUUAUAAGACAUUGAAAAUACAUAUUAUUGUAACAUCAUACACAAUCUUGGAAUACUGAAUGGUAACUAAGUCAGUCAUAAUUUGUGAAAAUGAAUAAGCUGAUAAUCGGAUAAUGCAUGGAACGUAAGUUGAUAGUGAGACAAUGAGUUGUGAUUUGGUUUUAUGACUAGUUGCUUGAUUGUAGUGAAACAAAGUGCGGUAAUAGUGCUAGUUUCAUUGUGAUUUUAUUAAAUUACAUGAAGGUUAUUUCGUUAAAAAGUUCCUGGUAAGUUUAACCUCUGGGUAAAUCUAAAAUUAUUGUUAUGAAAAACUAAGAUAGGAACAUGCAAACCUAUUUGCUGUAUGUUGUCUCGUUCUGACUUUGAAGUGAGUCAAAAUUUAAGCCUUUUCAGUGCACACAUCGUUAAUUAUUUUCCAAGUUUUCCUGCUGCCACCUUGUGACUAAAUUUUGUUUCUACAUGUAGUUUCUGUAGUUUCAUUCUUAAUUUAUUUAAUUAUUUUUUCUCUUUCUAGGAACUCGUUUUAUAUUUUUUUUCCAUCUAAGUUUGUCUCUUGGUUUCUUUUUCUGUAUCUAUUCAUUUGUUAUUCAAAUUUAUUGCCAUUCUUAUUAGGUCUGUUCGCACAGAAAUCACAAACCAGUCAGAGUGAAUUUCAUUGGUUGAAACUAGUUUUCUGACUGUUUUCAACCAAUGAAAUUUGCUCCGACUUGUUUGUGAUUUCUGUGCGAACCUGGCUUUUGUACAUAGUACAGGGUGUCCCAAAUUCGAUGGUGACCAUUGAGAUAUCGGAAACUAUAAGAGAUACCAGCGCAAAUGUCAUAGAUUUAAUUUUAUGCUCUAACAAGGUUCUUCUGUCAAAUAGUAGUGUCGAUGCCUCUUUCGAUGCAUCUGAUCACUUCCUUAUUAGGUGUCAGUUGCGUUUGAGGAUCUCCAAACCUAAACCUUCCUUUAGGUUCCUUUAGGUUAGCUAGGAUAUUUCAACAUAUUGUGCACUUUUUG